GAUUUGGGAAGUAAUCAAUCGGAUUGGUUGAAGAAGUUAGAAUCAAUGCAACAAGAGAGUGGAGAAGAUGAAGUUCCUCUAGUGAAGUUAGGAGAUGCAUCCAUUGCUUCACCUUUUACUUCUAAGAACAUGACCAUUGAUUCUUGUCUUUCCAUUGUCAGACAAGGCCGCUGUACUUUAGCAACAACUAUGCAGAUGUAUCAAAUUAUGGCUUUGAAUUGUCUAGUCUCUGCUUACAGUCUUUCUGUGUUGCUCUUACAAGGCGUGAAGUUUGGAGACAAACAAAUGUCAACUACAGGUUUUCUAUUUGCUAUAGUAUUCUUUUUGAUUUCGAGGUCGAAGCCUCUAAAGAAGUUAUCUAAAGAAAGACCUCCCAGUUCGAUAUUUUCAGCCUAUAUGUUUACUUCGAUGAUGGGACAGUUUAUGAUACAUACAGCAGCAUUGGUAUUGGCUACUUAUUUUGGAAAGAAGCAACUUCCCGUGGACUUUGUUGUCAACGUUGAUGAUACAUUUAGUCCCAAUAUAGUGAAUACGAUGGUAUUUUUAGUUUCUACUGCUCAACAAGUUGCCAUAUUUGCCAUCAACUAUCGUGGCUAUCCAUUCAUGGAAGGACUUUUUCAAAGACGUAGCUUGUGGAUAUCCUUAGCCGGUACAUUUGUUGCUGUCAUAUUAGCUGCUGCUGAAGUGAACUUGGAAUUGAAUGAAGCACUGGAGCUUGUCAAGUUUCCUAAUAGAGAAAUCAGAAUGGUCACUUUGCAGUUGAUUGUAUGGGAUACUGUUGUAGCUUUUAUUUUGGAUCGAAUAGCUUACAGAUUAUUGCGUGAAUAAAAUGUAACGAUGGAUUUCCAUAGAGAUGAGGAUUUUG